GUGAUUGAUGAUGUAGGCGCUUGUCACACGUCACACGUUAUAUGUGAUAUGUGACAAUCACGGUCACUGUAAACAAAGCCGCCCGGGUAGCCAAGGUCCUUCCAAGUUCUCAAGUUGUCCUUGACUUGUCCUACUUGAAAGCAAUCGAACGGACUAAUAUCACAUCCAGGAAACGACCUUCUUCAUUUUGGAAGACUUGUUCUUCAACAUUAUCACAAUCAAAUCUCAACAGUUUGCCAUACACGCUGGCCAGAUCACGUUCCUCUCACCGACUGUCUUUCUCUUAGCACGCUCUCCUAAUUCAUCAUGGGCAACUGCGUAUCAUCAGCACAGGACAGGGAAGAGAAGGCCAAGUCAGAUGCUAUCGACCGUCAGAUAGAGGAGGACUCUAGGAAGUUUAGGAAGGAAUGUAAGAUACUUCUUCUCGGGUCCGGUGAAUCCGGAAAGUCAACGAUAGUCAAGCAGAUGAAAAUCAUUCAUCAGAAUGGCUUCACCAAGGACGAACUCAUGACGUUCCGUCCGACAAUAUAUCGGAAUACUCUCGACUCCGCGCAAGCCAUUGUCUUACAGAUGCGUAACAUGAAUGUAGAGUGUGUCACGCCUGCGAAUCGGACAUUUGCCGAACGCAUCGUCGAAUACAGGGUUGAAAACACUCCCGAUUUUGUUUUCUCCGCUGAAAUUGCACACGCUAUUCAUGAAUUAUGGCAGGAUGCUAUCAUCUCCAAAGUGAUGGACUGUUCGAGCCAAUUCUAUCUUAUGGACUCAGCUAGCUAUUUCUUUACGGAAGUGCUCCGCAUAGGCACUCCCGAGUAUACACCAACAGAAAAUGAUGUACUGCGAGCUCGAGCGAAGACAACCGGCAUCACCGAAACGCGGUUUAACAUGGGACAGCUCUCCAUCCAUAUGUUCGACGUCGGCGGCCAGCGCUCAGAACGGAAGAAAUGGAUACAUUGUUUUGAAUCCGUAACAAGCAUCAUUUUCUGCACAGCAUUAUCGGAAUACGACCAAGUACUAUUGGAAGAGAAGAACCAGAAUCGCAUGCAGGAAUCACUUAUCCUAUUUGAGUCGGUCAUCAACUCCCGCUGGUUCCUGAGAACUUCCAUCAUAUUAUUUUUGAACAAGAUAGAUGUCUUCAAGAACAAGCUACCAAAGGUACCUAUUGAGAAGUACUUUCCAGAAUACACGGGUGGCGCAGACAUCAACAAAGCGGCAAAAUAUAUCCUAUGGAAAUUCAUGCAAGCCAACCGGGCGCGUCUAAGUGUGUACCCACACUUAACACAGGCCACUGAUACGACGAAUAUCAGACUCGUCUUCGCUGCGGUCAAGGAGACUAUCCUACAGAACGCUCUCAAAGACUCGGGCAUCCUGUGACGUCUUCCUUUCCUGGUUUCUUGUCCUUAUCUAUCCGUAUGCGCCUCCUUACCCUAUUGGUUAAUUUGCAUUAACGAGGGUGCAGCUCGCAUAUAUAUCUGGAACGCCUGGUUAUUCUCUAGCAUGUUAUCAUCUUAUCUAGCAUACCAUCAAUUAUUCAUCAUUACCCUGACUGUCCGCGAGAUUGAUCUGCAUGCGCCCUUUCGCCUUUACAUACCGCACAGAAUUUGCUUGAUCUGGUUGAUUCAGCUAUUGGCAACCCUUCCCUUGUGUGCGACUUCCUGUAUACACUGAUACGUCCUUCAUCGCGGUACACAAAAGCUUUUGUACAUGUAACCUGUAGUGUGCAAUACCAUGAUCGUGCCAGGCAGAUAUUACA